UCACCAACUCCGCCUCCUCUCCUUCGCGCCAUUCGCCUAGGAAUAGCAGAGCAACCUCGAUCCAGCCGGCGCCGGGCGUCAAUGGCCAAAUGCGGCAAGAUCCAGAGCAUCGUGCGCCUCCAGCAGACGCUGCGGCGGUGGCGGACCCGCGCCACGGCGCGCGCCGUCUCCGUUCCGGUUCCGCCGGGGCACGUGGCGGUGUGCGUGGGCGACGCGUCGCGGCGGUUCGUGGUGCGCGCGGCGCACCUGAACCACCCGGUCUUCCGGGAGCUGCUGAGGCAGGCGGCGGAGGAGUACGGCUUCCCGUCAUCGCCAGGACCUGUCGCGCUCCCCUGCUGCGACGAGGACCGCUUCCUCGACGUCCUCCGCCGCGUCGCCUCCGACGAGGAGCGCCUCCUGGUCCGCGCCGGACGCUCGCUCUGCUGCCGCGUGCCGCCCGUGGCCACCACCCGCGACGUCGCCGCCCGGCCGCUGCUGCAGGGGAUGGCCGUGGAGAAGCUUGUAUGGUGAAGUGGUGAUCGACCGAACACCAAAGCUGCGUGCAAGGUAGCCGUGGAGGUUUGAUUCCGGUGCCGCCGGCCGCGCGCGGUUCUCCCUGGCGCGGAAAAUGUGGAAGCAUCUAGCCGCUCCCACUGCGGCCGAGCAGACCUGCCGUGCCAGACCGCGAGAAGAGCAAGCAGCGCCGAAACAUCGAAGUCAUCGGCGUGCUGGAGUGUCCGGCGCAAUAUAUGGCGACGCCCCCAACCAUGAAUCCGCGCGAAGCGCAACUGAUGCACACAGGCGGGCGCGGGCGCGCGGCUAGCUCUAGCAGUCUAGCUUUAGCUUUGUACUGCUUGAUUGCGGGUAGAAGAGUGUAGCAAUUGAUUCAAGUAGAUGUUGAUUCUUGAAUCGUUAUUGGUAGCAGUCCAAGCCGGGGAUGAAGGAUUCUUCCCUGUUGUACAUUCACUUGGCCGUCAUUUGUCAUGUGGUCAUGAUGUUGAUUUUUUUUUUUUUUUGCGAAACAGUGGUCAUCAUGUUGAUAUGGCCAACUUAAUUGUAUUGUUCUUGAUGAUUGUCAUUAGCCUUUGCACUUCUAUAUUGCGCAUGGCAUGCCUUUCUUGAGGAUUUUUGUUUUUACAAGGGUGUAAAUGAUUCUCAUUAAGAUUUGUCAAAACCAUGUUAGUACAUUAGAAUUUUCUAUGUAUCGGGGAAUUGG